AUGGCUGGUCGACAGGCUUCAUUUUCUACCGCGCUGUUUUUCAUUUCUCUCGUUUUCCGUGACAUUGCCAGUCAGCAAUGCCACGGAAUAUACUCCAUUUAUCAAAUGAUGCUUAAGGGCCAUACCUAUAAGAUGUUUAAGACUAUACCAGGCACGCGGGAAUGCAGAGACAUUUGUCUCGCUGAUGACAGAUGUCAAAGCUUUAAUGUCGUCAUGUUCAUUGCAAUCUGUGAAUUAAACAACCGAACUAAAGAGGCCAGACCAGAGGACUUUGUCAAGGACGAGUACAGAUAUUACAUGGCGAAAGGUCCAAAACGAGGUAAUAGAACUUGCAAAAAUAAAAUAGCAGGGUGCUUACGUUUAUGGAUUUUGCAUUACUAGCUACUGAUUUUUCUAACUUUUAUUCAGCCAAAGAGAAAUAUUUCCAUUUCAGUUCCCCUGGGAUCAAUCCGUGAGCUGCCUGCUGAAUCGUGCAAGGAAAUCAAGGCGAGUGAGGGAGGACAAGCAGUUAACGGUAAUUAUUGGCUGGAUUCUACAAGAUCUGGGAACUCUAUUUCAGCUCGUUGCGACAUGAAGACAAAAGGUUGGUACAAGACAUUUUCCAUGGCUAUUUGCCUUCGUGCCAAUGAAAGGCCUUCUCUUAAUCAGUUUUCUUUUUAACUAGUUGCAGACUAUUGUGUCAAGCACCAAUGCCAAAACGAUGCAAACUGCGUGAACCGUGAAACCAACUACUCGUGCGCGUGUAACUCAUCUGGUUGGACAGGAAAAUAUUGUGAAAAAGGUUUUUCUUUUGUUGAAAAAGUUUCUGCUAAAGUUCAUGCUGAACAAAUAAGAUGAAGGAACGACAUUAAAUUAACGUAUGCUUAUCCAUAGAUAUCAACGAAUGUAAGGAAGGCCAGCAUGGUUGUCAUGUAAAUGCCAUUUGUAGCAACACUAAUGGCUCUUACAACUGUACAUGCAAAUCGGGAUUUAUUGGCGACGGAAGAAACAGCUGCAAAGGUACGGUU